GACCAGUCCACCACCUCGCCGCCGCCGCCGCCGCGUCGAUCUUCAUUCCCCAGCUCGGGCGCACUGCCGCGUCCAGAGACUCCUAGGUUGUGGAAUUUCACUUCUUUCCCUGGAUCUUCCUCUCCCUGCCGCCACCAAAGCGACCCUACACUGGAAAUUAAACUUCCAUGUUGAGUAUUGCUGCCAACUUCCCCUUCACUAGGUACACCUACCCUGCUGUUUCAACCUUCACUCCUUGUGCUGCUGUUUUGAUGGCUAUUGCCAAUGAAAUGGACACAAUCAUGGCCUCUACCCGCCAUUGGACCGAUAAAUGCAUGGGCUGGGUCCCACCUUUCUCUCAAAUCUACUUCGGGAUGCUUUUCUAUAUCCAGACUCUCAAGGCUAUGCUGAUUGCAGGUCACCUGGCUACCCAUUCCGAACUCCGAACUCUGUUGUCCGAGUUUGAAAUGCUUUAUCCUCUGUCUACCCUCUGGAUCCCUGGCCCUCUAGUCAGUUUCUUCAAGAACCUGGCUUGCUUCACCCCGGACCCUGAAAGAUUUGGAAAUGUUACUCCUUCGAUCUGCCAACGCCCUGGCUGGACCCGCGCUUCCCACUACACCUUUGGGCACAUGACCACUCAUUUGCCCAAUUUGAGCUUCUACUUUUCUCGUCUCUACUCUGUUUGUGAUGCUGCUACCCGCGACGGGACAACCGAAAUCUCUUUUGCUAGAGAUGUUGAUGGUCCUCGCUUCUUGGCCACUAUAUUUGGUCGAGCAUGUGACAAUGAAGCUACUGCUGAACACAUCAUGCUCCGCUCCCCCGGUGCCUCUCUUGUUUAUGCUGGUAACCUUCGUCUCUGGCAAAAAGCUGCCCUUCAAAUGAACAGUGAACUCCCUGGCAAUCUUAACAUUGACAAUGAUGAUGUAGAGGAUUCUUGGGUCUCCGCUCUCCGCCUUGACCAUUCAUUUUACUGGUUCUCCACGGUUGCUGCUAUGAUGGCAAGAUAUUGCCAGUUUUGGAAAGAUUCUACUUCUCUUGAGGACUGCUCCCCCAAUGGCUCUGCUGCUGGUGCCGUCCGUUGUUGCGUUAUUGACAACCACACAUCCAUGUUCGACAUCCCUGCCUGGACCGAACAAGCUGGCAAGCACAACUCAUUUGUGCACGGCAACCGCAACCAGAUGGGUCAUUAUGCUCUCCUCUCAUAUCCAACCCUGAUGUUGAACGCCUCCACUGCCCUCCAGGACAUUCCAGAAACUGACAUCCAGGCUGCCCUCACCUACGCAUACAAUCUCUACUUGGAUAAAACUCAGCGCCGUGAUGGUGUGACUGGCCCCUUUUGGACGAUUCGACCUCUGGCUUCUGGAUGCAACCAUUUUAGGACGAUUCAAGGCAUCGCUGCUCUGCUCACUCGAGUAUACCACUGUGACUCGCGUCUCGGCCUAGAUCGUCAUUAAUGGAUCAACCCCUGCCACCGUUCCCCUGCUCAGUAAGGAUGAUGUGGCCAGAGUAGAUGGAUAGCCCGUUCUUCUAGUAUUUUGCAGGCUUUUGUUUUGUCAUCUGCUCUGUCCAUGCUGGUUGUUUUUGAAAAAUCAGCAAUUUUUUGCUUGAUUUGAAUGCUGAUUUUGUGUUGCUAAGGUGCUUAGAAUAUUCCUUGCUUAAGUUGGCAUA